CCCCCCCCCAACCUCCACUGUCACACUCUUUCUGCCCCCUUCUCGCUCCUUCUCAUUCGCCUGUUCAUCUCUAAACGUGGCUCCGCGGCUCCCGGAGGAGCCCAGCGCCCGGAUCCCGCGCGCCCCGAGCACCUGGGGUCCGGCCGGCGGCGGUAGCGGCGGCGGCGGCGGGCCGAGCCUGGUCAGCGGCGGCGGCAGGAGCCCCGGGAGCCCAGGGAGCGGCAGCCCCGAGCGCGGGCACCGCGGGAGCCCCAGCGGCAGCGGCCGCCGCCGAGAUGUCCCGGCGAAAGCAGAGCAAACCCCGGCAGAUCAAACGGCCGCUUGAAGAUGCCAUCGGAGAUGAGGAAGAAGAGUGUCCAUCAGAGGAAACUGAUGCUAUCUCAAAAGGAGACUUUCCGCUGGAGGAAAGCUUUCCCACAGAAUUCGGGUCUGAACACCUGAGCUGCGAAGAAGUGGAAUACUUUUGUAACAAAGGUGAUGAGGAAGGAAUCCAGGAGACUGCAGAAUCCGAUGGAGACACCCAGCCAGAGAAAGCAGGGCAGCCUGGAGCUGAAGCAGAGGACUGGGAUGGUCCAGGAGAGCUGGAAGUGUUUCAGAAAGAUGGGGAAAGAAAAAUUCAGAGUCGGCAGCAGCUUCCAGUGGGGACAACCUGGGGACCAUUUGCUGGAAAGAUGGACUUGAAUAAUAAUUCACUGAAGACAAAGACUCAGGUCCCAAUGGUGCUGACUGCUGGUCCCAAGUGGCUGCUGGAUGUGACUUGGCAAGGAGUAGAAGACAACAAAAACAAUUGCAUUGUGUACAGCAAAGGGGGUCAGCUUUGGUGCACGACAACGAAGGCCAUCUCUGAGGGUGAAGAGCUAAUUGCCUUUGUGGUGGAUUUUGACUCAAGGCUACAAGCUGCCAGUCAGAUGACUGUCACAGAAGGGAUGUACCCUGCGCGCCUGCUGGACUCAAUUCAGCUGCUUCCUCAGCAAGCUGCCAUGGCUUCAAUUUUGCCCACAGCUAUUGUCAAUAAGGAUAUAUUUCCUUGCAAAUCAUGUGGCAUCUGGUAUCGGAGUGAGCGGAAUCUACAAGCCCACUUGAUGUACUAUUGCAGUGGCAGACAGAGAGAAGCUGCUCCUGUGUCAGAAGAAAGCGAGGACAAUACUCACCAGAUAUCUAGCCUGUGCCCCUUCCCGCAGUGCACCAAGAGCUUUUCAAAUGCCCGGGCUCUAGAAAUGCACCUGAAUUCACACAGCGGAGUGAAAAUGGAAGAAUUCCUUCCCCCUGGUGCCAGUCUCAAGUGCACCGUCUGUAGCUACACCGCCGAUUCUGUAAUCAACUUUCACCAACACUUGUUCUCCCAUCUCACUCAAGCUGCCUUCCGAUGCAGCCACUGCCAUUUUGGCUUCCAGACUCAGAGGGAGUUACUGCAGCACCAGGAGCUCCAUGGCCCUGGCGGCAAACUGCCCAGAGAGACUGAUGUGGAGCACUCUCCAAGUGGUACAGAGGACAGCUUACAUCCAGCCGCGGACUUACUGGCCAGAAGUGAACUCUCCCAGAGCCAAAAGGCCAUGCAAACUAAAGACGCCAGUUCUGACACGGAACUGGACAAAUGUGAGAAAAAGGCCCAACUCUUCCUCACAAACCAGAGACCAGAGGUACAGCCUGCAGCAAAUAAGCAAAGUUUUUCAUAUACAAAAAUCAAGUCUGAGCCCUCCAGCCCAAGACUUGCCUCAUCUCCAGUUCAGCCCAGUAUUGGGCCCACGUUCCCUGUGGGUCCUUUCUUGUCUCAGUUUGCUUUCCCCCAGGAUAUCACCAUGGUCCCCCAAGCUUCCGAGAUCUUAGCCAAGAUGUCUGAACUGGUGCACCGGCGACUGAGGCAUGGAAGCAGUAGCUACCCUCCUGUAAUUUACAGCCCCCUGAUGCCCAAGGGGGCUACUUGUUUUGAGUGUAACAUAACAUUCAAUAAUUUGGAUAAUUAUCUAGUACACAAAAAACAUUAUUGCAGCAGCCGAUGGCAGCAGAUGGGGAAGUCCCCAGAGUUCCCUGGUGUUUCUGAAAAGAUGCCUGAAGCUGUGAGUCCCAACACUGGCCAGACAUCCAUGACCCUUCUGAACCCAGCGGCUCAUCCUGCUGACCCCGAGAAUCCCCUGCUGCAAACGUCCUGCAUCAGUUCUUCCACCGUUUUAGAUUUAAUUGGCCCAAAUGGGAAGGGCCACGACAAGGACUUUUCUAGUCAAACGAAGAAGCUCUCCACUUCCAAUGGCAAUGAUGAUAAAAUUAAUGGCAAAACUGUUGAUGUGAAAAAUCCCAGCAUCCCCUUGGUAGAUGGGGAAAGUGACCCCAAUAAGACUACUUGUGAAGCUUGUAACAUUACCUUCAGCCGGCAUGAGACGUACAUGGUCCACAAACAGUAUUACUGUGCUACUCGCCAUGACCCUCCACUCAAGAGGUCUGCUUCCAACAAAGUGCCUGCCAUGCAGAGAACCAUGCGCACGCGCAAGCGGAGAAAGAUGUAUGAGAUGUGCCUACCUGAACAGGAACAAAGGCCUCCACUAGUCCAGCAGCGCUUUCUGGAUGUGGCCAACCUCAACAAUCCUUGCACCUCUACUCAAGAGCCAGCAGAAGGGCUGGCCGAGUGCUACCACCCAAGGUGUGAGAUCUUUCCCGGUAUCGUCUCCAAACACUUGGAAACCUCUCUGACCAUCAAUAAAUGCGUUCCCGUGUCCAAGUGCGACACCCCUCAUUCCAGUGUUGCCUGCCUGGAGAUGGAUGUGCCCAUCGAUCUCAGCAAAAAGUGUUUAUCUCAGUCUGAGCGGACAACUGCAUCUCCCAAAAGGCUGUUGGACUACCAUGAGUGCACUGUGUGUAAGAUCAGCUUCAAUAAGGUAGAAAACUACCUGGCCCACAAGCAGAAUUUCUGCCCGGUCACUGCCCAUCAACGUAAUGACUUGGGCCAGCUGGAUGGCAAAGUGUUUCCGAAUCCAGAAAGUGAACGGAACAGCCCUGAUGUCAACUAUGAGAGAGGCAUAAUAAAAUGUGAGAAAAAUGGGAAUCUGAAGCAGCCUUCCCCCAACGGCAACUUAUUUUCAUCCCAUUUAGCCACUCUGCAAGGCCUGAAAGUCUUCAGCGAGGCUGCUCAGCUCAUCGCUACAAAAGAAGAAAACAAACAUUUAUUUCUUCCGCAAUGCCUUUAUCCUGGAGCAAUAAAAAAGGCAAAAGGAGCCGACCAGCUUUCUCCCUAUUACGGCAUCAAGCCAAGUGAUUACAUUUCUGGUUCCCUUGUCAUCCAUAACACCGACCCGGAGCAAAGCACAAACACAGAGAACGAAUCUCCAAAAAGCCAAGCUUCCUCUAAUGGGUGUGCUGUGCAGAAGAAAGAGUCUCUGCCCUUGUUGCCAAAAAACAGGGGCAUGGUCAUAGUGAACGGUGGCCUAAAACAAGAUGAGAGACCUGCCACCAACCCACAGCAAGAGAACAUUUCCCAGAACCCUCAGCAUGAAGAAGGCCACAAGUCUCCUGCGUGGAUCUCGGAGACCCCGUUAGCUGCAAAUGAGAAUGUCUCACCAGGAAUCCCCUCAGCAGAGGAACAGUUGUCUAGCCUAGCCAAGGGUGUGAAUGGUUCCACCCAGGCUCCAACCAGUGGGAAAUACUGCCGACUCUGUGAUAUCCAGUUCAACAACCUCUCAAACUUUAUAACCCACAAGAAGUUUUACUGCUCAUCACAUGCAGCAGAACAUGUCAAAUGAACUAGCUAAAAACAAUUAAACAUCAGUCACCUUUGGUACCAGUGUUUAGUAUGUUGUUCUAACCAGUCCAGAAAAGAAUAAAAAAGAAAAGCUAUUUGAAUUACAUCUGGACGAUCGGGAGACAGUUCAUUAUGGCUGAGUUGAAGACUUAAGGUGUAAUCUCAUUACAGUCCAUUAGUAAAGUGUAUUAUUGGUGCCAUUUUCAAAAAGAAAUUAAUUUAUUUUACCAGCAGUAUUCAUAGCUGUGGUUAUGUUAUUUUUUAUUUAAAAACUUUAUAUUAAAGUCAUUUGUAAUGUUAUUGUAUAGUUAUUGUGUAGCACAUAUGGUUUGCACUGUAUAGUAGCUUUUAAAUAAAAUAGUCACAAACAAUACAGAAAAGCAUUUUAGAAAUAGCUUCAAAAGCACUUGUGUAUGUACCUUGAUUUUUUUAUUAUAUGCUGUGGCAGAUAUAUGUAUAUGCUAAAAUAUAACUUGCAAAGAUGUUCUAAACACACAUGCUAUAAGUUCGCCUUAAGAUGUCAAUUCUUGGAUAAUCAGGCUCCGUUUGCACUUUAUAUUUUAGCAGAUACAGUUUCUUAGUCAUUAGACUGCAUUUGUAUGUAGCUGUAUGUUUCUGUCCAUUUUCUUAAUCUUAACCAUGUAUGUUAAAUGAAGAUGGCAAUUUUUUUUUCUUGUAUAGUACUUGUAUUUUCUUUCGCUGAUGCAGCUCUGUCCCAAUUUUUAAACCUUUGCUGUUAAAUGCAAUACUUUAUAAAGAAAGAACAAAAUUACUGGAAGCAGUAUUGUAAGUAUUGAGGUAGUAUUGAUCAGUUUUAUCUUUUGAAAGGCACAGUCUACAUUGAAACUCUAAACUCAAUGCUGCAAGUAUGAAUUUAAUUCAUAUAUAAGAUCUAUUUAAAUAUAAGAGUAGCAAUACUGCACCUGGUGAUCACAAAGAUAAUGUUCUACUUCUGAUAGAAAUAAUUUCUCAACAAAUGUUGUUACUAUGCAUGUAUAUGGAUGGAAUAAAAUUCCAGAUUGUUGGA